GAGAUGAGGGACUUGACAGCUUCUCAGUUCUCAGCAUGUCACAGGCUAGGAACUGCCUCUAAAGACCGCACACGACCUAUCCUGGUUCGCUUCGCUGACCAUCCGACAAAGACUGCAGUUUGGAGGAAGAAAACUGCCUUGAAGGGGACUCCUACGGUGUUAUCAGAGUUCCUCACACGUAGGAGGCAACAGCUUUUUAUAGAAGCACGCAAGCGGUUCGGCAUAACAAACUGUUGGACGUUGGAUGGCAACAUUUACGCCAAGCUGCCCGACGGCACACGUCGGCACAUACAUAGUGAGGGCGAUUUGGAUUGUGCCAAGCAGCCAGCGUCAGCAGCCCCAGCGAGAGAGAGCCCCGUGACUACGGAGAAGAGGAACAAGAUCGGUUCCACCGCGUCAACGCAACGCUCCAAACGCACGGUCACCAAGCAAAUCUCCGGGAAGUGAUUACCCCACAAUAGUGCGUGCUCACUUGGCUGUCUUUGGAGGUACCUUUACCCACUUUUCACAUUCUAAAAUUCAUCUCUGUUUACAUCACUCACGAACUUUUUAAUUUCACAUUUUUUCUUUCUAACCUCGUUCUUGCAAUAUCUGUCAAACAAAGUGUCAAUUAUGACAUUCUUAGCUUCGUUCGGAAAUCUACUAUUUUAAUGUUUUUUUUUUUUUUUUUCUUUCUCUAUUUUACUCUAGGUUUCUGGAACAGCAGAGUA